AUGAUCGCUUGGUUCUUGUUAGGAAGUGCCAUAGCCUAUGGCUUGGUCAUCGCCAUUUAUCGCCUGCACAUCCACCCACUCAGUAGAUUCCCCGGGCCUCGACUGGCCGCACUGACGGGACUAUACGAGGUUGUAUGCACUGCUUGGGGGGCUGAUUCCUUCGAUGACGAAGUCGAAAGAAUCCAUCAAAUCUAUGGUCCCAUCGUCCGCAUCACUCCAGACGAGGUUCAUGUCCAGGAGCAGUUCUACAGCCCCCAAUAUGCCGAUCGUUGGAUCAAUGGCACCAAGGUUCUUGAUACUCCCCGUCACCAAUCGGGCGACACCACCACCCAACGUUUCCAAAAUGGGAAGCGAUCAAUUUGGCAGGUGCGAUGGCAGGUGCGAUCAAUCCUUCAAGUCGAGGUCCAUCAGAUCAUUCGCGGCCUCGUCCGCAAGCACCAAGCGCAUCGAGUGAUCAGCUGGAAGGGUGGGCCCGUCAUCCCAAUGACCGCGCUCCAUAAGACGCGAACUGGAUCCUCGGAAGCAAGCGACCUAGAAGACGGAUCUCCAAGCGGCUCAGAUCCGGCGUAA